UGUGCUGACGAGCCGUUGCUUGUGGAAACAGCUGGUGGUUUCUGUCAGCGGACACUUCGGCUUCACAGCAGCUUUGGCAGGAAUAAAAGUUCAAUUUAGACUCGAAACUGAGCGAGUGCGCUUUCAUUUGAGUCUCCGCUGCUGUUCCAGCAGACGCCAGGAAAUGUCAUCCUGUGAACGCCACUUUAUCAGGCAGUUGUUAAUUAACGAGCUAGCUUGAUAGACCGACUGACGCUCGACGCAGCCGGCUGCUAACGCCAGCUAGCUAGCUAACUUUGUACUCCCCUAGCAACUACCACGAUACUGCUUCUCUAUCAUCGCGGAAAAAAGUGUCAGCUGUCGGUUUUCUGACAGUGUAGGAAGGGGCUUUUUUUUUUUUUUUUUGCUUAAUUUCAGCAUGACUCAUGUUCACUAUAAAUUCUCCUCUAAACUCAGCUACGACACGGUGGUUUUUGACGGCCCGCACGUCACGCUGAGGGAUCUGAAGAGGCAGAUCAUGGGCAGGGAGAAGCUCAGGUCCGGGGACUGCGACCUGCAAAUCACAAGCGCACAAACCAAAGAAGAGUACACAGAUGAUGAAGGUAUGAUCCCCAAAGGCUCCUCUGUCAUCGUCAGGAGAAUCCCCAUCAUCGGAGUCAAGUCCACCUCAAACAAGACCCGCAACAUUGAGCGAUCAGACGCCCAGUUUCACCACGCCUUUGGAGCCAUCAAAGCAAUGGAUGACCAGAAUUCUUCCAGAGCCUUUUUCUCCAAGAUGACCAACCUGGCUGAUGCGGAUGUGUCAGAGGAGGAUAAGAUCCAAGUUAUGUUAAAUCAGUCCACCGCCUACGACUCCAUGAAUUACAACAAGAAGUUUGGUGGUGUUCUUCCAGCAAACUACACCUGUUAUCGCUGUGGAAAUACUGGACACCACAUCAGGAACUGUCCCACCAGUGGAGAUAAAAAUGUUGAGGCCCCUCUGAGAAUAAAGAAAAGCACAGGCAUCCCUCGUUCCUUCAUGGUGGAGGUGGACGAUCCCAACAUAAAGGGAGCCAUGCUGACUAACUGUGGACAUUAUGCGAUUCCGGCCAUACACGCUAAGGCGUACGCCAUUGGCAAGAAGGAGAAGCCUCCCUUCGUUCCUCAGGAGCAGCCCAAGUCAGAAGACAAGGAGGAUCCUGUACCUGACGAACUCCUCUGUCUGAUCUGCCAUGACCUGCUGAGUGACGCUGUGGUCAUACCCUGCUGUGGAAACAGCUACUGCGACGACUGUAUUCGCAACGCCCUGCUGGAUUCAGAGGAACACGUCUGCCCCACUUGUAACCAGUCCGAUGUCUCCCCUGAUACCCUGAUAGCCAAUAAAUUUCUCAGACAGGCUGUGAACACUUUUAAGAAAGAGCGAGGCCAAGCUAACAGUCUGGGAGGAAGGUGUGGUACCUCCCAAUCCCAAAAUCCAACCCUGAUUCCGAGCCCUGUCCCCACCCCGCCACCUAUUCAGAGCCAACCACCGAAGCCUUACCAGUCAAGCCACAGCCAGCAGGACCCUCUCCUGUACUGCUCACAGGUUGCAGACACCCCACCAUCAUCUCAGGAGUGUGGGGCUCCUCCCACGGCAACAAGCCCCGCCUCUGCUGCUAAGACACCGAGCCCGUCCCUCCAGCCUGCGCAAAGCCACCUGGAGAUAUCUGACAAAGAGGCUGAAGAAAAGACACAUGAUGACUCAGCGGCUGCUGCCCCUUCUGUCCUGGUUUCACACAAAGACCCCACUGCUGCUCCAUUACAACUGAUGCCACUGGUUAACGACGCUCCAGCGGCAGAGCAACCCCAGACAGUCAGUGUGAAUCUUCAGCAGUCCCCCGCAGGUCCAGCUGCAAGACACCCUGGGCCACCAACAUGCUGGGAUAGCUCCCCCUCCUCAGGUUGUCCUCCUGGUGGAUGGAAUAAAUCGAACACCCAGCAGCUUCCUCCCUCCUCCUCUUCCUCUUCAUACCCAGCAACUCCUCCACCCCUCUUUCCCUCCCCCCUUUUCCACACAUUCCUUGCUGCUCAGCAGCCUCUCAACAGUUACCCCCCUGGGUACCCACCUACAACGCCCGUCUGGACGCUCCCAACCCUCCAGGGUGCCCCCAUCCCUUCCCUCUGCUCCUCUACCUCCGCCUCCUCCAUCCCCGCCCUCAUCCCCAAGGAGUGGUACAUGAAUCAGAGAAAUAAGAAGGAAAGGUCACCUCACAGAGGAUCUACCUACAGACACUCCUCCUCUCGUUCUAAUUCAAAGUCUUCGAAACCCAAGUCUGGUCGCUCCUACUCUCACUCUUCAAGCAGAUCCAGAUCCCGUUCCCGGUCCAGGUCCCAAGGCAGAUCAAGGCCCCACUCGCCUUACUCCCGCCACAGGGACCUCCAUAGCCGCUCCCAUUCCUCCCACUCUUAUAGCUAUGGUUACAAACGUUCCCCUACACCGUCCUCAUCAUCUUCACCUCGAGUGGGUUACGACUCCAGGUCCAAGUCACCAUCAGAUCACCGCAAAAACAGCCAUCACAGUUGGCAUCACAGUAAGAAAUCAGCUUCGAGCAGCUACAGCUCCAAGAGGCGAGGGGAACGCUCCCAGAGGGAAUCCGGAGGUUCAGGGGGGAAUUUUGAUAGUUACCUGUAUGCUCAGCAUGCAGAACCAACUGGCAGCCUGGGGUUGGACAGAGAGCGCUACCUGCAGUGGAAAAGGGAGUACAAAGAGUGGUGUGAGAAAUACUUCAACAGCUAUGUCGGACACUUCCACCAGCUGCCUCCUCCCCCCCUCAAUCUUCCUCCCUCUCUUCUUCCUCAGUGGGGGGACAGAGAAGGAAGCAGAAAUCCCUCACACGCCAACUCGGAAUCUCGCAGCCGACCACAAGGUAGGCGCACUUCCCGGAAGGACGAGCGCUCUCCUCCAUCGCAGUCAUCCAGUGACAGUCGCUCCCCUCCUCCUCAGUCUUCAAGUCAUUCCACGCCAUCACAGUCAUCCAGUGACAGUCGCUCCACGCCAUCUCGUUCGUCCAAUGAAAGCCAUUCCCCUCCCUCCCGGUCGUCUAGUGACGGCCGCUCCACUCCAUCUGAAGACGGGGCUCAGCUGAGGGGAUAUCAGCAGAGGUGCGCUCAGAAGUACAGCCGCCUGCCAAUCACAAAGGGCAGUGAGAAAGUGGAACUGCAGGAAACAAGUAAAGAUGACAAGCACCUGAUCACAAAGAAGAAUCUCAGAACCUUAAAAUAUGAGCAAGAGAGCAUGAAGAAUCAUGAGGAAGGAAGAGGAGAGGAGUCUUCAACCCCUGAUGCUGCAGACACUGGACCAAAUACCUGCAAAGACGGCACCCCAAUACAGGACAGAGCAACUGCCAGUGAGGCCUUAAAAUCAGUCCAGCCACUCUUAAAACCAGAUAAACGUUUCGAUAAAGACUAUAAAAGGAAAAGCGGAGAGCAAAGGAAUUUGGAAAUAGAGAAAGGAUGGAGAAGAGACAAAUAUUCAGGCUCCAGGCAGGAUGUGGAGGGACGGCGCAAAGAAAAGCCCAGCAAAGGGGUAUGCAGGGUGGAUACAGACAGAUACAACAAACCUGGAGGCAGCAAAGCUUCUGACUCAAGAUCAGAGAAGAACAGAAAAAGAAAAGGAGAAGACAUGGAGAGAAGUUCUGUUAGGGCACAAAGCAGCAGAUGCCUGAAAACAGAAGUUGCAGAGGUCCCUACAACCCGCAAGAGUGAAUCACCUGAUCCAUUUGACAGAAAGAAGCAAAAAACUGAGAAGAAAAAGGAAAGGAAAACAUGGCCUCUGACAGAGAGAGACAUCUGGGAGGGAGGGGUAAUGGUGAAACCACAGAAGAAGAUCAGCAUCAACAUCAACCUGGAUGGAAAAAGGAAGGAAGAGAAAACUGAAAAACAGGACUCGUCUUAUUUAGAGAGCAUCAAAAUUGAGAAGACUGAUAAUGUAGAGGAGGAGAAGUCAAACAGAGGAGAGACUGAAGUAAAAGAAAAGAAGGAAUCCUGCAGAGACGAGGAAAGUUUGUCUGAAGAAAAAAUAAAACCAGAUGAAAGACAGGCAAGACCGAUAUGGGAGAAAGCUACCUUCAGAGAUGAUAAGGCAGGGAUGAGGGAGAAAGUUGAAGCAGAGAAGAAAGAGAGCAGAGAAGAGGAUGACUUUGACCUAUGGCAUAGCAUCCUAACAGGAGUGGAGGAGGCAGAGGAGAAGAAGGAGAGUAAAAAACAGUUGGAGGAAGGAGAUGGGAUGGAGGGCAGAAAAGUAGAAGAGUUGACAAAUGACCAGAGAGUGGGGAAUGACGGUGUACAACAAGAGAUGGGAGAGUUAGUUGCAGGUGCUCAGAAGGAGAGGGCAGAGGGAGAGAACAGAGGAAACCCGUGGGGAGAGUCGAAGCCAAAGGGGGAGAUGAUGGAGAGAGUGAAGUGGAGGAUGAGGAAAGAAGACGAAGACACAGUGAGGUCCGAGUCACAAAGGCGCGGAAACAAGGACCACCAUGAAGAACCAAACACCACGGUGGACGAUGGCAGCAGCUACGAGGAUCAGGAGAGGAAGAGAGUGGUAACAAGUGUGAAGGAAUACACUCAGAACAGAGCCACAGACAGAGAGGAAGAGCUCGUACUCAUACAGGUCCCUCGCUCCAAAUGGGAGAAGGAAGAGUCUGAGGAAGGCAAGCAGGAUGAAGAAAAGGUCAAAGUUGAAAUGGAUGCUUUUGCAAUGUUUCUGCCCCAACCAUCCAUGUCUGUGACAGCAGAGACACCAGCUGACAGGGAAACAGAGGGAGAGCAUGAACAGAAGAGACAGAGGUCAGUGGAAACGGAGAGAGACGGGGCCAGAUCAUUGGAGAGAGAGAAAAACUCCAGCUCACAUAGAAGUGUGGCUCCCUCUAGUGGCAAAGACAGACCUGACAGCACCAUGUCUGCAGAGAGAGACAGGGAGAGAGGGAUGGAGAUGGAGAGACCCAGGGACAGAGAGAGAGGGAGGGAGAGUGAGAGACAGAGAGAUAGGCAGAAAGAGAGCAAAAGAUCAAAAGAGAGAACAAGGGAAGAAGAGAAAGGGAGAGACAUGGAGAGAGAGAGGGGGCACGGCAGCAAUGCCUCGGUCCAAAAGAGGAACCCCCCUUCCUCCUCUCACUCCUACUCUUAUUCAACGGCACAUGACACAGAGAGGAGAGACAGGCAGCGAGGGAAUGACCAGAGCAGCAACAAGACCUCCUCCUCCUGUCUUGGCGGGAAAUCCUUCAGUGGCAGAAGCUGGGAAAGCAGUGCCAUAAGCGGAGCUGCCGAUCUGCCUGAUCAACAUGCAUAUAAAAUCUAUAAAGACACAUUACUCGACCCAAAAUUUAAAGACCAAGACCAUUCCCACUCCUACUAUAAUCACCAAGAUCCACCAGGGAACUACAGACACCAAGACAGACCUGCAGGGAGCCACCACUCCCCACCUUCCCACUCCCACAGCCGGAGUAAGGAGAGAAAGCCGCACCCCUCUAAAUCCUCUGGAGGGUCAGAGCACAGUAAGCCCAGAACGAGCAGCCCUGGGCAGAACAGAAAAAAUAAGAGCACGGUUGAAAAGGGGGUGUGGGAGCAAAACAGGGUGAUAAAGGAAGGCAAAGGGGAGAGAGAAAAUCCAGAGAUGGUGGCUGAGAGAGAAGGAGGUAAUCAAUGGGAGGACGAGGCUGAUAAACUGGACGGACAGACCAAGUGGGAGGGCGGGAGAGAACUGGAGGAAGGGGAGAGGCCCAGCAGCAGCAAUGGCGUCAGUUCAUCAGCGAGCCAGGAGAGCAGCAGCGACGAUGGGAAAAAAGAGUGGAAGAAGAAACAAAAGAAGCACAACAAGGAAAGAAGACAACCGGCCCCGGAGCUGCUGGAGGAAGGGGAGCUGAAGAAACACAAACACAAGAAGAAGUCAAAGAAAAGCAGAGAUGGGGGGGGAGAGGAGAGAAGUGGAGAGGUGGACAACAGGUGGAAAGAGGAGGAAGAGCAAGCAAAGCUAUGCUCUCUUUUGUUCUUUUGACUGUCACAGGGGGGGAAAAGUUAACUUUACUGAUGAUGUUUUUCCUUUCUCUGUCCAAAAAGUGCCUGGAUUUAUUUUUUGACUUUAUUUUUUCUUUUCCCAGGAUACUUUUUGUAUCACCUUAUAUGAAAUAUGCAUCAUCCAAAAUGAAAGUGAACAAAUUGUGAAGGAAAAGCACUUUAUACGACAUGUAAGAAAAAUGAAUGUGAAUGGAAGCAAAUGUGAAACAUUUGACCUCUUGAAUUACUUAAAGGUCAAGGAACUUGCUCAGGACUGCCACCAACUAUGAUUUAUGUACUGAACCUGCAGCUUGCAUGAAGGAAAUCUUAUAUUUUGACAACAGGUCAUUCAGUAAUUUGAUUUGCCUCACUCAGGAGCACAGGAGUGCAUAUUAUUGAAAAGAGUUUGUGAUUAAUUUAAAGCAUAUACUGUGAAUAUUUAUGAUUUGAAACUCGUAUUUUUUUUUUCUUUUUAAUUUUGUAAAUGUUUGAUUUAAAACUCCUGGAUGGAUAAAGAAAUGUACCAGAAGAAAGUUUAGUUUUUCCUGUUUUGAAGGAAAUAAAAAGAAACAUCCUUAAAA